CUUGUGGGAACUGGGAACCCAGAAUUAGGGAAAUACAUUUGGAUACGGACUGGAUAAGCCAAUCCCACUGCCACCACCACCAAGAACCUUCACUCCUCAUCCAAAUUCCAUCUCCCCACAAAACCAAAUCAGGAACAAACACUGCAGACCUUCCUGAGGCCUAAAAAAGAGCAAGCUUCGACAUUCCCCUGCCUCUGUCCAUCAUGGCUCUCUCCACCAUUGCCGCUGCCGCCUCCUCUUCAUUCCUCACCCGCGUUGCCUCCCCUGCAUCCAACAACACCACCACCUGCUCAAUCUCCCAUAAUUUCGGGCCGCCGCCGCCGGGCAAUUGCAAUAAACCCUUGAGAGUAGCCGUGAACAGAGCAACCAAAGGUUCCCCUGCCAUUUGUGAGCCGCUCCCUCCCGACAGACCCAUUUGGUUCCCCGGCAGCUCCCCUCCCGACUGGCUCGACGGCAGCCUUCCUGGCGAUUUCGGAUUCGACCCACUGGGACUCGGUUCGGACCCGGAGCUGCUGAAAUGGUUCGCCCAGGCGGAGCUGAUGCACGCGAGGUGGGCAAUGCUGGCGGUGGCCGGGAUCCUGAUCCCGGAAGGAUUCGAGAGGAUCGGGAUGCUGGAGAACUUCAACUGGUACGAUGCGGGCGCCCGGGAGUACUUCGCGGACCCGGUGACCCUGUUCGUGGUGCAGAUGGCCCUGAUGGGCUGGGUCGAAGGGAGGAGGUGGGCCGACAUGGUCAACCCCGGCAGCGUCGACAUCGAGCCCGUGCUGCCGCACAAGCCCAAGCACGAGGCCGACGUGGGCUACCCGGGCGGGCUGUGGUUCGAUUUCUGGUCGUGGGGGACCGGGUCGCCCGAGCCCAUCAUGACGAUGAGGACCAAAGAGAUCAAGAACGGGCGGCUGGCGAUGCUGGCGUUUGUGGGGUUCUGUUUCCAGGCGGUGUAUACAGGGGAAGGUCCGAUUGAGAACUUGAUGGCUCACGUUGCUGAUCCGGGUCAUUGCAACAUUUUCUCGGUAAUAACACACUCUUUGUUGUUGUUUUUGUUGUCUGCUUCUUCUUAACUUGCUUCUUUCGUCAUUCAACUGAUGUGUUCUUUCUGUUGAUUGCUUAAUCCCCAUCUUUGUUCUGGUCUGGUGGAUCGAAACUGCUAUCUGCAGGCUUUCACAGGUCGCUGAGAGUGACAGUGACAGGGCUGGCUGCUUAUCGCGCAAGAGAAUGCUGUUUUUGUAGAUAUGUUCCCAAGUGUGAGCCCAUACAUACAUUUCUCAUAUUCAUUUGUUAAAGAGGAAGCGCAGCUAUAAAAAUCUAUGUAUUACAUCCGAUUUUGGGACUCUGCAUAUCUCAGUAUCUCCCUUCUACUGAUUCAGCAAACAAAAUGUACUCCAUGACAUUCACAAGCCGAAUUGGGAAGAGCGGAAGCGUCAAGUUUAGUAGAGGCUAUAACAUUGAAAUUUCGAUUUAAGGUUAUAGUGUGAAUGUUAGUAGGUAGAGAAAACAUUAGAAAGUAGUAGGAUGUGAGUUGUUUGCCCCCCACUCCAAAAUAUAGAUAUAAUAAGUUAAUAACUAUGGUCUAUG